UUCAUGGGUCACCAACUGGCUCUAAACAAAGGCUCGCCAUUUCGUACCGACAUGCUCUGGAAAUAUCCCUUAAAUACCAGGCAGGUUGCACUAGCAGCUAGCUUUGCUACUAGGCAGCAAUAAAUCCACUGCUCAUUCAUCAUGGACGCCAACAGCAACAAAGCAGCCGCCGUCAAGGAGGAGCCCCCGGCGACCACACAGCUCCGCGCCCACCUGCUGGCGGCCCAUGACCACGAGCGCCUCGCCGGCGCGCCGCCGCCGCCGCCCCUCGUUGACGUGCCGCCGGUUAUCAGUAGUCUCAGCCGCUGCGCCGCGCGCCGCUCUCUGCUGCUGGUGGUCACCUACGCGGCGCUGUUCGGCGGGUCGCUGUCGUCGAGCCUCCUGUCCCGGUUCUACUUCGCGCACGGCGGCGCCGACCGGUGGCUCGCCACGCUGGUCCAGUCCGCCGGCUUCCCGCUGCUGCUGCUCCUCCUCCUCCUGGCCCGGCCGCCGCCGGCGUCGUCGAGGAUGUUCGGCGGCUUCACGCCGCGGCUCGUGCUCUACUGCGUGCUCCUGGGCCUGGUGAUGGGGCUCAACAACCUGCUCUACUCGUGCGGCACUUCCUACCUGCCCGUGUCCACCACCUCGCUGCUCCUCUCCAUGCAGCUCGCCUUCACGCUGGCGCUCGCUGCGGCGCUCGUCCGCGUGCCGCUUUCCUUCGCGAACGUCAACGCCGUCGUGCUCCUCACGCUGUCCUCGCUGCUGCUCGCGCUCCGGCAUGGAGUCGGCGGCGGCCGUUCGGACUCCGACGCCGCCGGCGGCGCGGACUACAUGGUCGGGGUGGCGUCCACCCUCGGCGCGGCGCUGCUCUUCGCGCUCUACCUGCCGGCGGCCGAGCUCUUGUACCGGCACGGCGGCGUGAGGGGCUUCAGGAUGGUGGUGGAGUCGCAGGUGAUCAUGGAGGCGGUGGCGACCGCCGUGUCCGGAGCCGGCAUGGCUGCGUCCUCCGGCGGCAAGGGGCCGUGGAGCGGCGUGGAGGCGACGUGGGACCUGUCGCCGGCGGCCUACUACGCGGUGGUCGGGGCGGCCGUCCUCAGCUGGCAGAUGUGCUUCUUCGGCACGGCGGGCACGGUGUACCUGACCACGUCGCUGCACGGCGGCAUCUGCAUGACGGCGCUGCUGGCGGUGAACGUCGCCGGCGGCGUGGUCGUGUUCGGGGACGAGUUCGGCGCCGAGAAAGGCGUCGCCAUGGUGCUUUGUCUCUGGGCCUUCUCGUCGUACAUCUAUGGGGAGUACAAGAAAGGUGGGAAUAAAUUGGUGGAGGGGGCAACUCAGAUCGACUAUGGAAUUCUGGAUCAGGUGUAGUGUAGGUGUAGCUUUAUUUUCCAUUAGGAGGAAUGUAAAUCUUCUUAGCAUAUUUCCGUCGUCUGCUGUGUUACGAAUCUUGCACAUAUUCUGAACCCUCGUUGUAAAAAAUUAGAGAAGCCUAGCUAGAGCACAAAUCAACAAUAAUAGUGUGGGAGGUCCUACUCCGACCAAUCACUUAUGUGACAUCCUUCGAUCGGGACCCAACAUUGACCCAUCACUGAUGAAAUGAAUGGUCGGUCCUUGGUA